ACAUACCGAGUCUCUCCUUAACAGCAACAACAACGUCGCUCAAAUUCAAGUUCCACGUACAAUGUUUUUCUCUUGCACCAAAUUCUUCCAUUCUUCUUCUUCUUCUUCUUCUUCUUCUUAUUCUUCUAGUAAUAAUGAGUUCCCAAAACUCCCUCCUCUUCAAACGUUACUCAAAAGAGGCUUCACUCCCACUCUCAAAUCCAUCAACCAAUUCCUUAUCUUUCUCUCACAAACCCAUAGAUUCAACACAAUCAUCCAUUUCUUCUCUCAGAUGUGCUCAAACCAAAUUGAAGGCAACUCUCAGACUCACUCAAUCCUUACCUGGGCUCUCCUCAAAUCCCCGAAAUUCAAAGAAUCAGGGCAUUUCAUGAAGACCCAGAUGGCUAAAGCUUCGAAUUUUCCCGAAACUCGCGUCUGGGACUCUUUAAUUCAAGACCUUUGUAUCAAACAAAACAACCCGGAAAAAGCUCUAUCGGUAUUACGGUUUUGCUUGAGUAGUAAUAACGGUAUUCUUUGUUCUUCUUUCACUUUUUGUUCAUUGAUUCAUAGAUUCAGCUGUCAGGGAAAUAUGGGUAAGGCAAUUGAGGUGCUGGAGUUGAUGACAGAUGAAAAGGUUAGAUACCCUUUUGAUAAUUUUGUUUGUAGCUCAGUAAUAUCUGGAUUUUGUAAGAUUGGUAAGCCGGAACUUGCGGUGGGGUUUUUCGAAAAUGCCAUUAGUUCGGGAGCUUUACGGCCUAAUGUCGUGACUUAUACGGUGCUUGUGAGUGCUCUUGGUAAGUUGGGUAGAGUGAAUGAGGUUGGUGAUUUGGUUUGUAAGAUGGAGAAGGAAGGAUUGCCAUUUGAUGUUGUUUUCUAUAGCAGUUGGAUUUGUGGGUAUAUAGCGGAAGGGGUUUUAGUGGAGGCGUUGCGGAAGAAGAAACAAAUGGUGGAAAGGGGAAUCAAUCCGGAUUGUACGAGUUAUACUAUUCUGAUAGAUGGUUUUUCCAAGCUUGGGGGUGUGGAAAAGGCAGUUGGUUUUUUGAAUAAGAUGAGAAAAGAUGGAAUAAAGCCCAAUUUGGUUACGUACACUGCCAUCAUCUUGGGGUUUUGCAAGAAAGGGAAAAUGGAGGAAGCGUUUGCUAUUUUCAAGAUGGUUGAGGAUUUGGGAAUUGAAGUGGAUGAAUUUAUGUAUGCAACUUUAAUUAAUGGCUUUUGCAGGAGAGGAGAUUUUGAUCGUGUUUUUCUUCUGCUUGAUGAAAUGGAGAAGAGGGGGAUUAAUCCAAGUAUUGUGACCUACAAUACGGUGAUCAAUGGAUUGUGCAAGUUUGGGAGGACAUUGGAGGCUGACGAGGUCUCAAAGGGUAUAGCUGGAGAUGUUAUUACUUACAGUACACUGUUACAUGGGUAUAUUGAGGAGGAGAAUAUAACGGGGACUUUGGAAACAAAGAGGAGAUUGGAAGAAGCUGGAGUCUGCAUGGAUGUUGUCAUGUGUAAUAUACUUAUUAAAGCACUAUUUAUGGUUGGGGCAUUUGAAGAUGCUCAUGUAAUCUAUAAGGGAAUGCCAGAAAUGGAUUUGGUUGUAAAUUUUGUCACUUAUUCUACAAUGAUUGAUGGGUACUGUAAAGUAGGAAGAAUCAGUGAGGCACUUGAGAUAUUUGAUGAGUUUAGGAGGACAUCUAUUUCUUCAGUUGCAUGCUACAAUUGUAUCCUUAAUGGGCUCUGCAAGAACGGUAUGGUGGAUAUGGCCACUGAAGUGUUUAUUGAACUCAAUGAGAAAGGUCUGGCUUUGGAUGUUAAUACCUUUAUGAUGUUGAUCAAAGCAAUUUUUAAAGCAAAAGGUGCAGAUGGGGUUUUAAGUGCAGUUUUCAGACUAAACAAUCUUCGGCCAGAAAUAUAUGGUACUAUUUGUAAUGAUGCUAUCUUUUUCUUGUGCAAGCGAGGUUUUCCUGAGACUGCAAGUGAAGUGUACAUUGCAAUGAGAAUGAAUGAGUCAACUGUGACCAGCAAGUCUUACUAUUCAAUCUUAAAGGGGCUUGUUAGUGGUGGAGAACUGUGGUUAAGUCGACCUAUUUUGACUACUUUUUUGAAAGAAUAUGGCCUAGUAGAACCUAGGGUAUAUAGGAUACUAGCAUACUACCUGUGUUUGACGGAUGUGAAUAGAGCCAUUCGGUUUCUCAACAGAAUCAAGGAGAUGUUUUCAGCUGUCACUUUCCCUGUUUCUGUUUUUAAGGCACUUGUAAAGGAUGGUAGAGUUUUAGAUGCAUAUAAACUUGUGGUGGAGGCUGAAAAUCAUCUACCCAUUAUGGAUGUGGUUGAUUAUACAAUUAUAGUCGAUGGACUCUGCAAGGGAGGGUAUGUCGAUAAAGCCUUAGAUCUUUGUGCUUUUGUUAAAAAGAAGGGGAUUACCCUAAACAUCAUCUCUUAUAAUUCAGUUUUAAAUGGUUUGUGCUGUCAGGGUCGCCUUGUUGAAGCAUUUAGGUUAUUUGAUUCAAUGGAGAGAUAUGAUUUAGUUCCCUCUGAAAUUACAUAUGGGACACUGAUUGGUGUUUUAUGUAGGGAGGGAUUUUUGUUAGAUGGAAAGCAGUUGUUUGAGAGAAUGGUUCUUAAGGGCUUUAAACCAAAUACUCGCAUUUACAACUCAUUAAUCGAUGGCUGCUGCAAGUUCGGUAAAAUGGAAGAAGCCUUCAAACUUUUGUCUGAUAUGGAGAUAAAAUGCCUUGAGCCUGAUGAAUUCACUGUUAGUGCUGUCAUCAAUGGCUAUAGCCAAAAGGGUGACAUGGAAGGGGCUCUCGGAUUUUUUUCCGAGUUCAAAAAGAAAGGUAUAUCUCCUGAUUUCUUGGGUUUCUUGUAUUUGAUCAGAGGACUCUGUGCAAAAGGAAGGAUGGAAGAAGCCAGGAGCAUUUUGAGAGAAAUGCUUCAGUCACAGCCUGUUGUGGAGCUUAUAUGCAGACUGGAUACGGAGGUUGAAACAGAGUCAAUAGAAAGUUUUCUUGUUGUUUUAUGUGAGCAAGGAGGUAUCCAAGAAGCUGUUACAGUUCUUGAUAAAGUCGCAUCUAUGUUUUUCCCUGUUCGAAGAUGUCAUAGUGCUAAUGAUAAAUUAGAUUUACUAUACAAUCUUUAUGAACGGGAGGGAUUUGGUACAGUUACUUCGAAGUCUAUUGCUUGCCAUUCUGAAGCCGAUUUGGGGUUUGGAUGGUCUGACGUAGAGGAAGUAGAGAAGGUGGAAAAUUAUUAUAGAAUAGGGAAAAGAUUUCAAUUUCAUAACUUCGACUCUUACUAUUCACGCAUAGCUUCACACUGUUCAAGAGGGGAAGUGCAGAAGGCUGGUCAAUUAGCUAAAGAAAUGCUCUCUAAUUUUGAUGCAUCCCAUUAAAAGGAAGUUGAAAAACUGGGUUCCUUAACCAGCCUUGGAGCUUUCUCUACCUUUUUUGGUAAGACAAGGACCAAGAAAGAUUGUCAUCAUCAAUUAAAUGGGUGUAAGCUGGGUAGAACUUUUAUCUGACAACUGACAACUAUAACAGUGAUUAUUUUGCACCAGCUGGACUUCUACUGCACUAGGUUGUUUUCAUUGGACAUUUGGGCGAAGUUGAAACGCUAAUGAAAAUGGAAACAUCAACUUCGAUGGCACAAGAUGGUUAAAAUGAACAUUCUCAAGGGCAGUAGUCUUUGAAAAAAUACAUUUUCUCAUACUCUGCUCUGCUGCAGAAUCUAUUCACCUAAGUUGUGAUGUUUGGUGUUACUUUUAUGUAUGACUACCUACAGGCUACAGCUUCCCCACCAAGUCAAUUGUACUGCUCUAGCAUGUGCUUUGAGAUGGUAAAUAUCUAUGGCAAUUGUCAUUUUUCACCCAGUUUGAGUUGAAGAAUGGCAUGAGCAUUCUGUGAUGGCUGUUCUGCUGAAGAUACCGCAACAUAGCUAUUUAAUAUGUGAAGCUCAUAUAUAUCAUCAGUCAUAAUCUAAUUAUUUUUUGUAAACUCUGGCAGGAAUAUGCAUUUUGUUUACGUCACUCCAUUUGCAAUAUGUGAACUCGUGUAGGAUUUCCCAAAAUGUUGCUGCAUCUUCAUGCUAAACAAAACAGAGUAAUCAGCUAACAUCAACUCUGUUAACCGGAAAGUGCCACGACUAUGAAGAAUGCUUGAAAUUCUUGAAGGAAGCUACCCGUGCAUCUGACAUCAUUAACAUUGCACUUAUAGACAACAUCUUCAUCCAUAAUACCCGCAUUAUGCCAGGAACUUAUUGGAACUUGUUCAAGACGGUGCCAAAAUGGCCUGUUGAAGAUAGUGCCGAGGAGGAAGUCCAUUGGUACAAAUUCUUCUUUCUCCUCAAGUUGUGAUACAUCUAGAGGAAGACAAUGAUGAUGAAAAUUUUGUUGUAGACUUGGAGAGACCUCUAAGCAAGACGGCCAUGAAAGAGAGAGAGAAAGAAACAGCAAAGAUUGUCGAGAGAAAGAGAUCGUGAUGGAGGUUUUAAUUGGAUUAACGGAAGUGAAGAAAAGAUCGUAUUAGAAAAGAAAGAAAAAAUAUUGAUACGGCAAAGGAAAAGAUGAUUCGUAAUGAGAAACAAAAGCUUAAGGUUGAACUUAGGAAAGAGGUAAAGGAAUAAAAGAAAGACGAAAGGGAAAUUAUGAUGAAGGAUACUAGCCACUUGUCAUCAAUUCAGCUUGAAUAUAUUCAAUCUCUCCAAAUAGAAAUCAUUCAGAAGUGAAUGACUAACUAGUCCUUGGUAAUUACCUACAGAUUUAUUUUAAGUGAACUAAUCAUGUCAUUUUGUAUUGUGCAAUGAUUUUGUUGUAUUUGUUAAGUACUUUGUUGUGUUAUGACUAUUUGUUCAGUUUGUGAUUUUGGUAGUCUACCCUCAUCCAAGGAAAAUAUAUUUUUCAUUAGUAGAUUA